CAAUGUCAACAACUGAAUUCCCAUUUAAAAUCAUCCAUCUGUUCUCCAUUAGUUUCAUUCUUUUCUUUGGCUGACAUGAAAAGCUGACAAGGAUUACAGUUGAGUUAGAGAAUUGAGUUUUAACACCACUCUUCAGUUUUUACAGUGACCAACUCCAUGAACGUAUCACACUCAAAACGGAUUUUACUGAUUGCCAUUUAUCUAAGCUGAACUGAGGCAAGUCUACUUUGAAGCUGUCUUGUUUUUAUGAUUCCUUACAUCAAACAUAUAGGCUAGCAAGGACAUUGUAAUUUCCAUUGAAACUAUAACAAAAUCAUAACUCCAAAACUGUAUUCUAGCCAUUUUGUUUCGAACCGCGCAAUUUAAGGCUCUAAAGUGUGUUAAAAACCGCUGAAUCCCACAAAUCUCUCCAUGCUUCUAUAAAUUAGCAAAUGGUUUCGCACACUUUCCAAUUUGGGUAGAAUUAUUUAACCAAGAAUCAACCCGAAGCCAACGUUGAUACUCGCCUCUGCUAACGUUUCAGCCUUCCUUACAAAGUAUAAACCCGAUACAUGCGUAGAGUUAAACGCGAUAACGAUCAUAGUUUAAUUUUUCAAGAAAGAUACGUAUGAAUAGCGAUGGCUCGACUUCUGAUAUACACAGCAUAUAAUUUAAAUGGUUUUAGGAAUGAAUCGUUGUCAAGUGCAUUCACCUCAGCCAUGAUAAAAUACAACGUCUCAGUAAGAAGAACAAUUACCUUAAUUUACUUAAAUUUUUAAAUCUGAAUAACGAUUAACAAACUCUCUGAGGAAACAAGGCAGACAUUAAGAUUUCAUUGAGUAAAAUUAGAGUUGACUACUCUUGUGCUGUAGAGGAAUGCACUAUGUACACAAACCAUUUUUACAUAUCAUUGAUUUUCAGCUGAAUUUUAAUCAAUAAAUACAACUGGGACAGUUGUUGAUAUUAAGCUGUUGAAGGGCUCGUUUCAAGGCUAUGCAAGUCCGAAUUUGGGUUAAAAGGUGUUCUUUUUUUAAGUGCUAAAUGAGACGCAAUGAAUGCGACUCGUUUAAAUUGUUCGAAUUGUUGGUUAUGUAUCGUGAAACCUAGACAAGAAAACUUGGGUCAAAUCGUGUCAAGAAUGAAAGAAAAUUUGUAGCAACCUCCUUCAAAACAUAUCUUUAUUAUUUUGAGUCAAGCCUAAUUUUGAGUAAUGUUAUUGCUAACAUUUAGGUAUGACGCCUGAAAACGCAAAUGGCAGACUUUCCUGAGAUGAAUGGAUUAAGUGGAAAGUACUGGACCCCAUAUGGCAAUCAUGUACUCAUGUCAUAGUUUGGGCUAUGUACUGAUAGGGCUCGUCUUGACGUCAUUUCGAGUUGGCGCUGAUGAAAAGCAUCCGGGUAACUAUAAUUAAAGGACAGCGAACUUUAAUAAUAAAUGCUUUUUUAAGUGUCGUGCAUACAGUCACUCUUAUUGCCUGCUGAUGACCAGCAGUAAGCAGUCAAAACGUCGCGAUCUCAGUAUACGUCUCAAGUGUUGUUUAUUAAGAUAAACACAACUCUGAAGCUAUUAUACUAUGAUAUUGCACGCUUUCUCCGUAUAGAUACAAGAUAGUGUUUAUUAGCCGCCGCCCGGUUAGCUCAGUUGUAAGAGGGCCGGUCUGCUGAGCGAGAGGUCGUGAGUUCAAACCCCGGCCGGACCAUCAACCAAGGUCUUUAAAAAACUGGUGAGAUCAUGCUAGCUGUGAAACUCCUUUCUCGGUUUGAAAAGAGUAGGGGACGUAGGCCCCGAUGUCAUGGUCUAUCUGACUUGUGCCAUCAUCGAUCUGGGUGGGCGAGGUGUGAUCAAAACAUGGACUGAAGUGGAUGCAAGAGUGCGCCUUUACAUGCUGACGUCCGAUCUCACCUCUCUGGUUCCUCCGCAAUUCAGCCAUUGGCUGCAAGUGAGAAAAGUUGGCACCGCUUAUUCAUUAUUAUUAUUAUUAUUAUUAUUAUUAUUAUUAUUAUUAUCUAUGAAUAAAGUUUUGACCUUUAAAAAAUUAAAUUUAAAAAAAUUAUUAUUAUUAUUAUUAUUAUUAUUAUUAUUAUUAUUUAUAUAUUUUUAUUGCCUUGAUCCGACAAUGAUUUUACGAAUUAACCUUUCAAAAAUUAACAGACUGACACAAUAUUUAUUUGAUUUCUGUUCCAAAAGCUUUACCUUUAGCAUGCUUUAUUCAUCCAAUAAGUUGAUCCAAUGAAGGGGCUUUGUUGUACUGGUUACAUGAAACAAGACAUCAAGCAUAAACCUGUUUCAUAAACAGUUUUGACAAGGGGCACUAACUCAUGCAAUUGUUCUUUAAAUUGUCUUUUGCCAGGCGUGACCACAAAGUGGAUCACAUCUACAAUAGAAGAUUUAUCCAGCAGUCUUUUCCAGUCGGCCAAGCGAAAUAAUGGUGGGUACAGAACAAGAGCAUAAUAGUUAAACUGAAGAGGAACCUUUAAACUGAGUACUAGUCAAGAGAGAGUAGAUCAGCAAAGACAGUAAAGUUCGGCUACUUUGUCAGACUGGAGAAAUCAAUUCAUUUUGCUUAUUCGCGCUAUUUCUCUUCCUUAUUGUUAAAAGUUCAAGUUAACUGGAGCGUAACUAUAUGGGCUUGUAAUGAAAAACUGAUUAAUUGCUUGCUUGAUUGAUUGAUUUCUUGCUUUUCCUGGUUACUUUGAUUCUUUCAAUUGAUUGGUUGACUAACUAACAAAUAAUGAAAGAGGCUGAGUAUCAUUUGAAGAGCAACGAACGGAGAUCGAGGAGGGUUUUAUCUGCCGAGGCCGAUAACACCCUCCCAGAAGCUAUCUUGUAUCUAUACGGAGAAAGCAUGAGAUAAUUCAUAAUUGGCCUGGUUUUUACUCUUGAAACAAGUGAAAUGUCCGCCAUUUUUGUUUUCACAACCAAAACAACUCAACCUCGUUCCCGGGUUUUCUUGGUUGACGAUGCUUUAACCUGCAGCUGUGCUUCACUUUUGACGUCAUCGGUUGAUUAAUCGUAAAAUUCCUCCAAAUUUGGUUAUCAGUAGGUGGUUAUGGUGAAUUAUGCGUGUGCUUUUAGCCAAUCAAAAACGGAGAAAUAUUUUGAAUGAAUAAUAACAUUGAUUAAUACUGAUUGAUCGAUCAGUUGAUGGAUGGAUAGACACAGGACGAAAUAACGUGUUUCCGUAUUUUGUAAACUCGACGGAAACGGGAAGUUGCUUAUAUCCGUCACGUUUCCGCCCUGCGGAAACAUGGUGAUCUAGUUUUCCAUGGACGGGACGCGUUUCCGUCAUGUUUCCGCGACGGAAACGAACGAUCAUGUUUCCGCCACAUUUCUGUUAUCACAUUUCCGUCCGUUCUUUCUUGUUUCCGUUACGUUUCAGGUGACGAAUUUUUUUCUCUUUUUAACCCAUGUCCAAGAUCGCAUGAUCAAUGUUUCAGAAAAUUUGCCUUUGCGUACAAUCAAGGUGAAUAAAGGUAAAUUUACUCUUGAGAUCGGGCUAUAAACGGUUCUCAUGCAUUACUCGCGCGCGUUGCAUUGAUGCAAAGAUUGUGAAGUGUGCGAGGUUGGCAUUGCUUUCCAUUCUAAAUGAUAAAAAUCGCAGAGCUUACCAACAGCUUUCUAUAUUUGCCAGAUUGAUGUCAAUCAGUACUGGCGUAAAAUAAAAUACUCUUAGACGGAGAAAACAAGAGAGAAAACAAGAGGGAAUGGGGCCUAGAAGAGAGUGGAGUGCUGGUCAGCGGACUUUUCUUUUGCUCAUGCUUAUUGCGGUCAUUCUUUUUGGCGUCCAUUGAUUGAUUAGCUGAUUAUCUGAAAUGGUGGUUAAAGACCUUCAGUAGUAUGGAGACAAAAAUGUUUCAAAUUCUUGUUGUUGACAAAUACCCUCUCCGCCCAACCAAUCCAACUUCAUAUAACUGAACUUAAAUUUCCUGAGAGACCUCCCUUUCUAUUUUGCAGCGUCUGGUUUACCUCCUCGAAUACAACUCUCAUUAGCAAUACCAAGCACUAGCACUGUUGGAGCCAGGAAUUUCUUAUUACUCAAAACCUUUGCACAAAAACUUGUACAAGAAUUCAGCGUGUCUCCUUCAGGAACAAGGGUCGCCAUGGUAACUUAUUCGUCAACUCCGCGCCUUGUUUUUCGUUGGAACCAAUACAUGAACAUGAAGUGCACUUUGAACGCCAUCUCAUCGCUCAGGUAAACACUCAGUCUCAUGGUACAGGAAACCUGGCUUUUGUAACUAAUAACGACAAUACCUCUUUGAAUAAAAUAAACUAUAACAAUUCAAUUUAACGACCCUGUCUAACCUCCGCCUUUCUAGCAAGCGCUACUUUCAACGGUAUUUUUCCUUAUAAGCGCCCCUAUUCUAAUAAGGGCCCGUCUUCGAAUCCAAUGAAGACUCUUUUGGUUUUCAACCAGUCCUCUCAUUUUGUUUCAUUUUGUUAUACUGUCUUCAGAGUACAGUCAACCCCGUUAAUACGGACACUGAGGGGGGCCAUAGAAAGUGACCGGGGUGCCCUUAUUAAUCGGGUUCAAUUUUGAAAAAAGUAAGGGCUCUUCUUUCCCCAGGUACAAAGCAAACUGUCCGUAAUAGUGAAGUGUCCUUAUUAAGCGAGUGUCCGUUAAACGGGGUUGGACUGCACCUAGAGAAAAGCGGUGGUUUAUCUUUCUCCAGCUCACGUACCCCCCUGCAUUAGAAAAGAGGCCUUCCCGGGGUCUUUCAUUUAGGUUCUGUAUUGUUUCUUUUUCAAUCAAAACUUGGUUAUUUGCAUUCGGUUGUGCGUCACUUUAGCCUUCUGGAAAGCUGACCAUCUAAAAAUUUCAAGAGGCGAGACACACUCAUGCCGGCAGCGAUUUACGCGAGACACGAAUCAUUUAUAACAGACCCCGCUAAGAAGUAAUAUAAAAUAUACAACUGUACAUGGUUAUAUAUAUUUUGCUGGGUAUUUCUUCAUCCACAGAUAUGUACCGGGCCAGAGAGCAUCUUUAAACCGUUUGUUCCAUUUCUUAAAAACAAGAUUGUAUUCCGAACCAGAAAGACACAAGCCCAAGGUCGAUCGAAUCUUAUUUGUCAUAGUAGAGAGUAGUUCUCUUACUUCAAAAGUAUUGGCAUCUCAUCCUAUCAAGUCACUGGAAGACAAAGGAGUCAGAGUAUUCAUUUUGGCAGUUGGCAAGCACGUGAUAAGCAGCAAUCAAAGGACAUUCCGGAUUGGCUGCUUUGCUGAUGUUUCCAAGCUCUCUUACGCGUUUAGAGGAACAGGUGAGUUGAGCAUACAUGUAUCAAACGAAUGAACAUUAGAAGGCAAAAACCGGUUGAGGUAAAAAUGAAGAACCGAUGGCUGGAAGGAUGUAUUAGGAAGCUCAGCGACAAGUGGAAGGAUUUAUGGAUGACUGGACAACCAAAACGUUAGUGUAAUAUUUCUAUACUUAACUAUAACAAGGUGGAAUAUGAUCGUCCCGAUGAGUAUAGUACUGAUCUGAAAUAGGACCGGUUGAUGACAUUCAUCUUCAGAGUCAAAGUGAAUUGUAUCACGUCAUUUGAAGACACCAAACUCUGGUCAUUGACCUGAUUGGUCAAUUAAGUCGAGAUGUUAUUGGUCGUCUGUCCGUUAAGCCAGUUAAGCAGUUUCGUCAGUAAAUGGUGUUCAGCAUUCUGAUUGUACAUCACGGUUUGACUGACAGACAAGUCAUCACAAUGCGACUUAACUGACCAAUCAGGUCAAUAAACAGAGAUUAAAACCAUUAAAAUGAUCAGAAGUGAUAGAGCUCAAUUUGACUCUGAAGAUGACUAACGCACAAGUAGUCGAAACGUCAGUCACUUUCAACAACAUUUCUAUCCAGGGCUACUCUCACCCGGACGAUCAUAAAUUCCGCAUUCUCAUGAAAUGAUUCCUGGGUUCAAUCCUUCAUUUUCAUACAUACGAAUAGUGACAUAAUGAAAAUGAAAAGAAAUACAACAAAUCCUUUAUUUUCCUUUUCAGGAUUUAAUCACAGCUGUUCAGGUUCUGGAAUAAUAUACGAUGAAUGCAACCGCCUUUGCUACUGUAAAGAUGGAAAGCCCUCUGAUUGCCACAGAAUACGAAAGGACUUCAUAGAAAUGCCUCUUGAAGAGCGACGUCGUUUUGUAAGGGCCCUCAAAGUAGUGUCAAUGCAACACCCUUAUAAGAGGACCUACGAUAUUAUUACCAGAUUUCAUUUCAAGUUUUUUGAUAUCAUUCACGAGAAAAAUCUUUUCUUUCCUUGGCAUCGCUGGUACAUUUCUAUAUUCGAAAAUCUGCUGCGUCACGUUGACUGUCGCGUGACUGUACCUUAUUGGAACUGGGCACGAGCAGUGUCACGCAAACGACUGUGGCGUCAUACAGAUAAACGGGAUAUUUGGAAUCCAGGACCUCACGGCUUUGGUGGCGACGGCAACUCUGGAUCAGGCUGCGUUAGAAGUGGGCCCUUCAGUGUUGGAAAAUGGUAUCUUCCUGUCUGGCAUGGUCAUGAUUGUCUGUCCCGAGAAUUUGAUCGAAAAAUGUUUUUACCAGGGGAAUGGUACGUCAACGACCUUAAUAAAAUUCCUUGGAACCAAUUUAACAAAUUUGAAUCUGGUGUGAGAGACUACAUGCACAAUGACUUGCAUAAUGCCGUUGGAGGAACCAUGUCCGAGGACUCAUCUGCUCUUGCACCUGAAUUUUGGUGUCACCACGCCUUUUUGGACAAAAUCUGGUCAAACUGGCAGGACCAUGGCCCUAAGUAUAAAUUUAUUUACUUCAAGAAAAUAAAUAAGAGGCUUCCAGGUGGGGCACACUUCGGAUGGGAGUUUAUGGACCUUCAGCAUCAGCCCCACUGUAUACAGGUCCUAUACGAUGAACCAAUUGAGGAAAAAACACCACCGGGAAAUGAAGAACAGGCAACGCAUAGACGUCAUCGUAACUACGGUCCAGGCUCUGAAGAAACCAGUUGUUAUAACAAUGCCGAUUGUGAGGUUGAUGGAGACAACGCUGAUGGCGAGUAUGAUCGCGAUAGUGACAAUCUUGAUGAUACAUAUGGUAAUGAAGAAGCAAAAUGA